AUGGCCGCCUUCGUGCGCGUUUCAGGUCCGGCAAAUGGCAAUUUCCUGAUCGGAUAUCCAGGUAUCUCCGCCACGAUGCCCCGAGUCGAGGGUAAAGUCGAGAUCAGGCCGAGUGUCGGUAUUUCAGCGCCCGUCAAUGUGUCGCUCGUGACCAUUUCCCUCCUGCGUCGCGAAACAAUCCACCCGUCGGCCGACUCCGUCACAAAGAAGCGCCUUGCUCCACCUCGCAAGGAGAUCACAGAUAUCGUGGGCAAGGAGAUGUUGUUGUUUCGAUGUCCUGCUGGAAAAGAAUACGAAGAGGUCAUUGCUAUGGAUUUGCCAUUCGUGCUAUUCAUCCCAUUCGGCCGUGGAGGACGCGAUGCUUCCAGACGAGUACCCCCGGCGAGCCUACAACUACCCAGCCGCACCGCCGAGACAUACUACGAGAUGGUGGUGAUGGUUCAACAAGGGCAUUCCGAACAACGAAAAUACACGUUUCCGGUUCCAAUUGCUCGCUAUGACACAUUGUCUACAUUCGGCAUGUAUAAUCGCCCAGAGUCGGCAGAGCGGGUCUCGGAUCAUUUGGUGACAUUGGCCAUAUCACUCCCACGAUGGUCCUACGGGCCUCUGGACCCUGUCAGUGUCUAUGUCAAAUUAUCACCAAACCAGGAUUGGAUGGGCAAAGCUCGGAAAGUGACCAUCAGCAAGAUCACGAUUGGCAUUGACGAGGAGAUCAUCUACAACCACGAAGGCGACGAGCCCCAGCGCAAGGUCAAGACGUUGGCCAAAAAGACGGAAACAGUGGGCGUCAAGCUGCCACAAUCAGGCUACCUCACCAACUUGGGACUGGUCUUUCCUGCCAAGGAUCUGCGAGAUUCCGAAGGCAUUUUACCGCGAAGUCGUACAGCAUUUCCAAUGUACGGUGUAAGCGGAUUCACAACUACCGCAAGUCUCUAUAAAAUCGAGUAUUAUCUCACCGUUCGAGCGCAUUUAACAUCAGCGAGAGACAUCACCAUCCGGCAACCGAUCGUGGUAUGUCCACUCGAUCACGCUGGAUGCAAAGAAGAGAUGGAAGCUAUCGAACAAGCUGCACGAGAUGCAGCACAUGUGAAUCCAGACAACCCGAUGCUACCACUACCAUCCAUCAUAAGGCCCAGCGAUCCCAACGCCCUCAAUUACCUCGGCGUGGCUCUGGUCGGCAACCAGAAGAAGCCACUCAUCGAUUGA